AUGAAGAAAAAGAAACAUCAGAUCCAUGGGAGGAAGGCAGUUCAGGAGCAACAGCACAUCUGCAUCCAACAUGAGCAGCACCAGCAUGAACAUGAGGGGCAAGGUACUUUUAAAAAUCUUUUUGUAAUAGGCAGAAAUCAAUUUUUACAAAAUGAGGUCAGCAUUUUCACCUUGCUACUUUUAUUCUGUAACCACUACAAUUCCCUUUUUUCCCAGAUCAUCUUCUACGAGGACAGGAACUUCCAGGGUCGUUCCUAUGAGUGCAUGAACGACUGCUCUGACAUGACUUCCUACCUGAGCAGGUGCCACUCCUGCAGGGUGGAGGGCGGCUGCUUCAUGGUCUACGACCGUCCCAACUACAUGGGAAACCAGUGGUUCAUGAAGAGGGGCGAGUACGCUGACUACAUGAGCAUGAUGGGAUGGAGAGACUGCAUCAGGUCUUGCCGUAUGAUCCCCAUGCACAGAGGCCAGUUCAGGAUGAAGAUCUACGAGAGGGAGAACUUCAGUGGUCAGAGUUACGAGAUGAUGGACGACUGUGACAACAUCAUGGACCGUUACCGUAUGUCCGACUGCCAGUCCUGCCACGUGAUGGACGGCAACUGGCUGAUGUACGAGCAGCCCCACUACAGAGGCAGGAUGAUGUACAUGAGACCCGGAGAGUACAGGAGCUUCAGGGACAUGGGCAUGAGUGGCAUGAGGUGGAUGAGCAUGAGGCGCAUCAUGGACUCUUGCUAUUAAAUGCUCACUAAAUCUUCACUGAACGUAUCAAAUGCUACUGAAUAAAGCAAUUGCU